AUGGGCCUUCCGGAGAAGAUUGAGACACGUCUGUUCAUCAAUGGAGAAUUUGUUGAAUCGUCAAAUGGCAAAACAUUUGACAUUGUUAAUCCAUCAACGUUGAAGCUUGUAGCCAAAGUACACGAGGCAUCUGAGCAGGACACGGACAAUGCUGUAGCAGCAGCGAAAGCCGCUUUCCCCGCAUGGUCUGCGCUCUCGCCAGACCAAAGGGGCCAGUAUUUCAAGAAACUGGCAGCAUUGAUCCGAGAGAACAACGAUGAGCUAGCGGCGUUGGAAGCAAGUUCGAUGGGCCGCCCGGUGGGAGAGUUUUUUGAUGCAUACGCGGCGGCGGCAAAGUGGGAUCGCUAUGCGGAAAGCGGAUACAAUGUGCAAGCAGGAACUACCAGUGUUCAGACUCCGGGGUUCAUCAACAUGACACUACGCCAGCCCUAUGGAGUCGUUGCCGCUAUUAUUCCGUGGAACGUGCCCUUGUAUUUCUUAGUGAGCAAGCUUGCUCCAGCUUUGAUUGUAGGAAACACAGUCGUUCUAAAGAGCUCCGAGAAGGCACCCUUGACUUCUGCAAAAAUCGCCGUGCUGGUAAAGCAGGUUGGGUUCCCGCCAGGCGUCAUCAACAUCAUCACUGGAUUCGGAAAUGUCAGUGGUUCCGUGUUGAGCCACCACAUGGACGUCCGAGCUCUGUCAUUUACUGGAUCGAGUCGGACUGGAAGGAUCAUCCAAGAAGCAGCGGCAAAGUCUAAUCUGAAGCAAGUCUUCCUGGAGCUCGGAGGCAAGUCACCGGCCGUCAUUUUCGAAGACGCGGACAUGGAGAAGGCAGUCAAGGAGACAGCACACAGCAUUCGAUGGAAUAGCGGGCAGGUGUGCAUGGCCAACUCGCGCAUCUACGUGCAAAAGUCGGUGGCGGACAAGUACAUUGAACUUUUCAAGCAAAACUUUGAGACUGAGACCAAAAUGGGAGAUCCGCUAGCAGCACCCCAGGAGGGUGUCAACCAGGGCCCGCAGGCAGAUGGCGCGCAGUACAAGACAGUGCUGAAAUACCUGGAAAGUGGGAAGCAGUCUGGCGGAGAGCUGAUCACGGGAGGUGCGCCGUCUGACCGCGAAGGCUACUAUAUCCAGCCGACCAUUUUCAAGAACACGCCCGAGGAUGCGCAGAUUAUGAAGGAAGAGAUUUUUGGGCCCGUGGUCAGCAUCAAUGUCUUCAGCACUGAGGAGGAGGCUCUGGCCAAAGCCAACGCAACAGAAUUCGGGCUGUAUGCGUCGGUGUACACCAAGGACAUUGACCGGGCCAUGCGCUUUGCAAAGGGACUGGAGGCUGGGACGGUGGGAGUCAAUUGCACGUCGCCAGUGACGGGCACCGACAUGCCGUUUGGGGGAUACAAGUCGUCGGGAUCGGGGCGGGAGGGGGAGCCUCUGUACUCGCUCAACAACUUCCUGGAGACGAAGAGCUUCCCGGCCCAUGUCGCUACUGCGCCCGCACAGGCGCUGUCUGUACCAUUGCCACGCCCAGGCGCAAGAGGCCCUACUACCAUGUCACCGAAGAGGAGUACCACCAUCAAAGAUGGCUCCUUUCACGCCGACCCUGUCACGCAAACUGACGGCCUCUUCGCCAGCAGCCAGGCCUCGCCCGAAGAUGGCGACAGCGUUGACAACGGCGAGGAGCAGGAUGUCAACGAGCUGCAUGAAUCUCUCGGCUGCAUGAUGAAAGACUCACGCGGCAAGUUUCGUUAUGUAGGAGCUCACAGCGAGAUUCCCUUCAAUGCCGUCGUCGCUACCUUGGGUAUGCAGCGGAAGGACCCGUCCAUCAUUCCUACCCCAAAAGUGGGGGCGUAUCCACCGACUCUUCCUGUAGCAUCACCCUCUACUGACUCGGGUGCCGAAGAGAGCUACUAUCUCCCCAGUCGCCAUCUAUGUGACAUUUACAUUUCUCGUUUCCUCGAAGAUGUCCACUGCACAUACUGGCUCUACCCUGUCGAAACCCUGCUGCGUCGCGUUGACAACACCUAUUCCGAGUCAGCCGAGUCUUCGUCCAGCUCGUGGAUGUGCUCCCUGUACACCAUCUUCGCCAUUGGAGCAGCAAACUAUGUCGGCAACAAUGGCAACUCCCCGCCGCCAGACUGGCCCGCCGCCAUGGAUGUAAAAACAUCAGAGGAUUACCUUGCCCUCGCCAAACAGCUCAUUCCAAUCGUGUACGAUGAAGCCGACCUGGACAGCAUCCGCGCAAUGGCCAUUAUGUCCAUUGCAAUGGAGAAUCUUUGCUCGAGAGUUAGCGCCUAUCUGUACAUGGGCGCCAGUGUGCAAAUGGCCUUCUCCCUAGGUCUGCACCGCGACCAGGUCGACGAGUCAGCCACCGCGCUUGACCGGGAGCAGCAUCGCCGGAUUUGGUGGACUCUGUUUCAGCUCGAUCAAGAAAUCUCGUCGAGAGGUGGCUGCCCGACCAUUGUGGAUGAGCGCUUUACCAAGGUUACGACGCCUAUGCCAUCUGAGCGGGCCGUGUAUCCAGGACUGCACACGCCUCUUUCGUGGAUGGAUACAUCGGUUUCCCUCUGUCGCUUGAGGCGCGGAAUCAUCCAGGACGUCUAUAUGGAGCGUUCGUCAACCUCGAUAUCCUUUUCGACAAUCUCAAACUCGCUCCUGCUGUUACAGAAAUGGUACCGCCAAAUGCCAGCACAUCUGAAAACUGAUGUACCCGCGCCUCCAACGUACAGGCGCGCAAUCGCAGCCUUGCAUCUACAGCAUUGGAGUACCACUAUCCUCUUGACACGACCUUUUCUGCUCUAUCUGGUCAUCAAAUAUGGCUCACUGGUGUCAAGUAAAAAGAUCUGGUUUGAGCGCAUGGGAAAAACAUGUAUCGACGCAGCGCAGAAGAGUGUUGUCAUUUUGAAGCAAAUGGCCACAGACAACGUGCUUUCUAGCUUGACGGCUUUUGAUAGUACCUGCAUCUUGCGCUUAGUCAUCGUAUUCAUUCUGGCCUAUGUCCACACCAGAUUACCACAAUACAGCGAGCACAUUUGGCAAUUGGUGGAGCUGGCCAAUGGCAUGGAACAGAUUGGUUUUACAAAGAUGGUAUCUGAAGAAACACCCAUACGCCUAGCAGAUCUAGGAAUAUCAAAACAUGUUCCAACCAUCAAUGACAAUCAUCAUACGCCAGUUCCUUUGGACGAUGCAGCAGUGGCUCAAUUGUGGGGCUGGGACUCUAGUUUCAUGACUCCGCUGCAGAUGCAGCAAAGUUUGGAUCUCAACUUUGACGACUCAGGCGCUUUCGACAUCAACACCGAGAUCCUUGCAUUCACCAACCUUGAUGAAAACAUCAUCAUUGACCCAUCGCGUGCCUAUCCGCAAUAUAGGAUGCAAUGA